GGGCGGGAAAGAUGGGGAGGAGGCUGUUUAUACCUGUGGGUGACGUCACACAAGGGGCGGGGUUUUGGAGGAAGCAAUACUGGUCGGACCUGCUUUGUAUUAGUGUUAGUCAGUAGCCGUAAGGAGAAAGUAAGGAAGGGGCAGGGGCUUUUCAGGCGCCGCUACUGGACUCUUGGGAAAUUCGGGCCCCACUGAAACGACUCGUUAUUCAGAAAAUCCGGGGUGACGGUAGAAAGGCAUCUGUCUUUGGCUAUUGUGUUGACCAAUCAAUCGCUGCUUCCGGAAAGGACCAUACCGAUCAGAAAAUAUAUGGUGUACGGGUGUAUAAAGGGUCUACACUGAUUUGAUUUUACACAUAUCUACAGUAGCCAAUCAGAUUUAGAGCUUUUCGGGUAACGUCCAAUCAGGGAAGAGGUGGGCAUUGUGGUAACGAGUGACAUCAGGUGCGCCCCUCCGCAGCCAAUCAACGGUUUGCGCUUUCAAGAGUGACGGUUCGCCCGCCUGCGAGGAAGUUCGGCUAUGGCCGUCUGGUUCCGCAGCGUAGUUUUGUUAUGCGCAGUGCUGGUCUCUCUGGUUCUGUGUGAUCAAGAGCCUGCGUGUGAUGGGUUUGAGGUUGUGUCCGAUUAUGGGGUAGGGGAUCCUACUACUCCUACCCAGCAAGGUGUUACAGUCCUGGGCAGCCAGGGGGAGGAGGUGACAUCUGAAGAGGAUUGCUGGAAAAAGUGCUGUGACAACCCGUCUUGUACUCUGGCUGUGAUUCCCCCUGGGGACAGUAAAACGUGUUACCUCAUCAACUGCCUCUUCAAUGGUCUGGACCUGUGUGACUUGAAGAAACAGCAGGGAGCCAUCAGCCUGCGCAAGAAGGACAUUGGGCAAAAGCCUACUCUGGUUGAUUUCUGCCUACAGAAGAAUGACACCGGGCUAUGCCGUGCAUAUUUCUUAAGGUGGUGGUAUGAUAAUGAAAGUCAAACAUGCAAGAAUUUCACGUAUGGUGGCUGUAGGGGAAACCUAAACAACUAUGCCACAGAGCAGGACUGUAUGGAUAAAUGUUGCGGCGUAAUGCAAGCUGAGGAAUCAUCAAAUGAGAUUGCACCAAGCAAACGCAUGGUUCAGGGGCAGUCCCUACAAGCUUGUAAAGGUAAUUGCAGUGCGGAUGAGUUUGUGUGCAAUAAUGGCUGCUGCAUCAGUAAUGCACUAAAGUGUGACGGAUCUGAUCAGUGCGGAGAUGGGUCUGAUGAAGCGUCUUGCGAUGAAGCUUGCACCGGCCAUGGUGUGACCGGUAACUGCAGAGCCUCCUUCAAACGCUGGUAUUUUGAUGAAACAUCUAAAACCUGCAAACAGUUUGUGUACGGUGGAUGCGAUGGCACAAAAAAUAAUCACAAAAGUGAGAAUGAGUGCUUAGGAAGAUGCCUUGUUCCCACUAAACCAGAACCAGAAAAAGUUCAUUCUCCCAAGGUCGGCAGCUUUAUAGAGUAUUGCACUCCACCAAGUUAUACCGGUCCAUGCCGUGCAGCCUUUACUCGCUGGUACUUCGAUACAACAUCACAUGAAUGCAAAAAGUUUACGUAUGGCGGAUGUUCUGGAAACAAGAACAACUACAAAAGCGAGGAUGAAUGCGUUAACAACUGUGUAGGCCGCUCAGAAGAGGAUGACCACACAGCCUCUCAUCGCACUGCUACUGCUGUGGCUCUGCCUAUCCUGCUGACAGUCAUGGCCGCCAUACUACUGGGCGCCAUGUUAGUGUUCCUAGUGAAGAUGGCAAAGAAGAGCCAGCAGGAUGCUGCUUUCAGCGCCAUGUGGACCCCUGUCGACGAUAAGGAGUGUCUAAUGAACAAUGCAUACAAUCUCUAAGGAGGAUAUAAUAAAUAUAUAAAUCUUUAAUACACUCCACCAAUUUUAAUGUGGGAGAUUCAGGCAAAGGGAUUAAUAAAUAUGUGAAAACAAAACCUUGCACGGUCACCUUUAUCAAACCUGUGAUAGAAUUACUUUCUAAAUAUUAAGUUGAGGAAUAAUAACAAACCUAUAAUAUAGAGCAAUAUUUAUAUUUGAUAAAAAAACUGCUUAUGAAAACUUAGGUAACAACUAAUUGUUGUUCUACAAAUCGUGUUGGUUUUCCAUAGAUAGUUGUGUAAGCGGAUUGGUAACCAGCAGUCGGAUUCUCACACACUCCCAGAACAAUGCUACAUGAAUAGAGCUUCAGCCAGAAUUUCCCGUCCUGACUCCUUGCACUACUUUUUUCUGUCCUCCUUGAAUUAUUUUAGGGAGACAGAUUGUGUAAUGUUGGAUACUUUGUCUGCAAAGCAGGGAAAUUUGUCAGACCUUUUGCAUUCUAAUGUUUAAUAAGAGAUGUUUGAAAAUAAUACUAUGCAGUACUGAAACUUCACAAAUGAAGCUUUUCUCUUUAAAGGGACACUGAACCCAAAUUUUUUUUUUUAUGAUUCAGAUAGAGCAUGCAAUUUUAUAAGCAACUUUCUAAUUUACUCCUAUUAUCAAUUUCUUCGUUCUAUUGGUAUCUUUAUUUGGAAAUGCAGGAAUGUAAGCUUGAGCCGGCCCAUCUUUGGGUGAGCACCUGGGUAGCGCUUACUGAUUGGUGGCCACCAAUGUCGCCACCAAUCAGAAAGCGCUAUCCAGGGUAGUGAACCAAAAGCGGGCCGGCUCCUAUGCUUAUAGCCCUGCUUUUUCAAAUAAAGAUGCCAAGAGAACGAAUACAAAUGUGAUAAUAGGAGUAAAUUAGAAAGUUCAUUAAAAUUGCCUGCUCUAUCUGAAUCAUGAAAGAAAUUUUUUUUGGUUUCAGUAUCCCUUUAAGGCUACCUAUGCAAAGGAAUCUUAUGGUUUUUAGGAAUAAACAUAGAUUUUUAACUAGAAAGUAGUGGGGGGGGGGGGGGCACAACUGCUUUUCUAACAAAAUUUUUUUUUGGUAGAAAUGAUCUGACCCAUUGCAUCUAAAGCUAAAAAAAGAUGUUAAAGGGACAUUAAACCCAACAUUUUUCUUCCCUGAUUCAGAUAGAGAAUACAAUUUUAAACAUUUCAAUUUACUUCUAUUAUUUAAUUUGCUUUAUUCUUUAGCUAUCCUUUGCUGAAGAAAUGGCAACGCACAUGGAUGAGCCAAUCAUACGAAGCAUCGAUUUGCAGCCACCAAUCAGUAGCUACUGAGCCUAUCUAGAUAUGCUUUUCAGCAAAGGAUAUCAAGAGAAUGAAUCAAAUUAGCUAAUAGAAGUAAAUUAGAAGGGUGUUUAAAAUUCCAUGCUCUUUCUAAAUGAAAGAAAAAAUGUGGGUUUCAUGUCCCUUUAAGUGGUAUAUAAUCUGCAAUAUGAACAGAAAUCUUAAUUUUUUUUUUAAAAAAUUGUUUGUAUAUCUGGUACAGUCUAUCACUCUACAUAGAUGUUACUUCCGUAGUUGGUAAUAUAUUUUUAUUUAAACCUAUAUGUCUGAUCAUUUUUUUUUCUUUAUAUAUUUGUGUUCUAUUUCCUAGGUAAAUUGAAGGAUUGAAAAUGCUAUACAAAAAUGCAUCCCCUAACACUCCUGUUUUUAACUUGUCGUAGUAUGUCCAUUGUUUUUGUUUUUUCCCCCCAUAAAACUUUUAUAGCUUUAACCACUAUUGCCAUAUCAGGGUAAUUCAAUCUGUUACAUAAUUGCUUUUACAAUGAUUUUUUUUUCUCUCUAGGUUGUUUGGAUAAUCUAUAUUGUAAGUUGUUGUUUGUUUGUUUUUUAAGAACAUUGUGUUGGUUUCUUCAAAUAAAGAUCUUUCCAAAAAAAAGUA